CGUCUCAUAAUUCUAGGAUCCGACCAAGUGUAAAAUGCUUGGUACCCACUCGCACCCUUCCCCCCUCAUGCUGCUGCAUCCAAACCAAACCCUAAACCAAAUCACAAGAAGCCUAGUUAUCAGACAAAUCCUCCGCCAUCUGCGCCAACAAUGGCUUUCGCCGGAAGUUCCGGCGCACGUGCGCACCACGCGCGCUCGCCCUCGGCGCCCCUCGCAGUCAUCCCAGCGGAGCGAUUCGCCCUGCUGUCGCAACCCGCGUCGCUCGCGACUUCCGCCGCCUCGCCCCCCGUGAUACCACGCGCCGGCGGUGCGAUCAGGCGCGCGGAAAGCGCCUCGGACUCAACGUCCCUGCCCUCCAGCCCCGCGGAAGCGGCGGCUCGUGGAACCUUCCCCGCUGUCACGGCGACGGGCGCGUGCGCGGCGCAAACAGGACGAACGACGGACCCACUUUCCCCUCCUGCUACCGCCGACGGCACCUGCGCGGUGGGCCAAACCGGCGACCAUGGCGGCGCGGCAUCAGCGCCAACGCGCGCGGAUUCGAAUCCGCCAGCGAGCCACGGACUAUCGCCGCAGCAGCGACAGUCUAGUUUUGAGGCGCCUCAAAGCGCGCCAGCGAGCUCUGGGCUAUCGCUGGAGCAGCUGCGACAUCUAGUGGCUCUCACUAACGCAAACGACGGCCCGCGCGACAUGGCCUCCGCCUUCCCGUACGCGUCGUCGUGCGACGGGCGGCCCGGCAGAAGCCGCCUGUCGAUUAACGCGGCGCAGCGACGACUCGACUCGUGGAAUCGCGCGCGAGAGCCGGUGGUUGAAAACAGCGCCGAGCACAUCCGCGCGCAGCGCCGGCUGAAGCGGAGCGGAAGCGCGCCCCCGCUACUACUAAGAUCCGCAGCUGGGGAAUCGGCGGGGGAAUUGGCGGACGAAUCAGCGGGAGGAUUGGCGGGAGAACCGGCGCGGGGCGGAGACUCUUCCGACUGCCUAAGGCGGCCAGCGCAGCCAAUGGAGAGCGUCGUUUCGGAGGCGCGGAAAGUGGCGCUCCGCCGUUGGCUCCGCCGGUCGCGGAGUGCGCACGUGCUGGGCGGAAGAGACACGGAAGCGCUGUGGAGCGAAGCCAUGACGGCCCUCAUCUGGGGCCGCGGCGGCGCCGUCGUUUAUAGACGGCCAGCCGGCAGGAGUUUACAGGCGCCGUCGCCGCCGUCGGGAGCGGAUUUGAAGUCGUCAGGAGGGGCACAGUUGGCGAGCGACAUCACACGGCGUUCAGCAGCAGGAAGCGCAGCAGGAAGCCCAGCAGGAAGCGCAGCAGGAAGCGCAGCAGGGAAUGCUGUUGGGAAUGGUCGCAUGGUAGCACUAGGGGGGCGAUAUGACAGAUACAUGCAGAUAGCGCCAGCAGCAGCAGCAGCAGCAGCAGCAGCAGCAGCAGCAGCAGCAGCAGGUGGGCAUGUCAGAGCAGGGGAUCCCAGAGUCUACCCUAGUGAGCGAUUCUGGAGAACGCAAACCCCGGGCGUUGUGUCAGAGCAGAGCAGAGCAGAGCAGAGCAGGAUACAGCAGCAGCAUCAGCUGCAGUUGCAGCAGCAGCGGCAGCGGCAGUGGCAGCAGCACCAGCGGCGGCAGCAGCUUUGGCAGCAGCAGCAGCGGGAGGUAGCCAGGGACCCUGUUACGUCGGUGUUUGCCUGGGCUGCUGAGCAAAGAAUGGCCGCGAGGCGGGCAGAGAGGACUCAGCCGUGAGGGCGGGUAGUGAUUGCUUGGGUGCGGAAUCACGGAAUCACUCCAUGUUGUGUUGCGCAAGGGUUGACCUGACUCAGAACACUGGUGCAAGCAGCAGUGGCGGCAUGCCUCUGUAGGUACCGACCUCCCUUUCACCCAGUAGAGUUUGUGGGGCAAGCAGCGCUUACUUGCUCUGUGGCCUUCACCCUGAUACGUACGACCAUGCUGCAGGGUCUCAUAAUCAGUAGUAAGCUAGAGAUUAAGGUGCUGCCCCAAGCCCACUUCUCCUGUCACUGUUGUCUGAUCCCCCCUUGGUUUCUUUUCCUUCCCAGUCCCCAUCCCUCUCUCCCCUCUUCUCCUCUUGUGCAUCAGACCUUGAGAUGUGGCCGACAGCUGGUAUACUGCAUGGUAGUGCGCUAACCUGCGCGAAUAUGGAAUACAUUAUAGAAUCUACACUUGAUGUCGUAGAAUACCCCAACAUAUAUAUUGUGAACUACAUCUCCUGGAUGACAGGACAGAAGAUGGUCAAGCUGACUUGGCCGAGCAGGAGUGCACCCUACAAGCUAUUGUACAAGUCAUAGCUGCCAAUAUGCAGGCAUUUGCUACCAUUAUUUAGCUCCUGCCCUCACCGUUCUUAAACUUAGGAGGCUAGGUUGGCUAGGUUACUAGGAAGAAGACCGCCAUGGAAUGGCGUGAGGAAAAACGGAUCUAGGAGGUGAGA